UCAUUCUGUGUGUGAGUCACCUGGGAGACGCCGGCUGCGGAGCGGAGCGUGGACGCAUGCAGAGAUAAGAAGGCAUCCCAUGAGUCCUGCUGCAGACGGAGGGGGAGCAGAGGAGCAGAUGGACAAGGAGGAGGAGGAGGAGGAGGAGGACACAUGAACUGGGCCGUCUGUCAAGAUUUAUCUUGAGUGGCUGCAAAUCUGUUUGACCUUUAACCCUUGCUGCUGUGGGGUGGGAUGGUCAUGAUGGCGAUAACGUGGAGGACAGGAUACAGGCACAGCUCCAAUGCACAUGUUUACUGGUAAAAGGAGGGCAAAGGUCACCUCACCUGUAGUGGCUGCAGAUGGACAGAGCAGGCUGGGAAAGUCUGGGAUUAUAAAGCACAGAAGCUUCUGGAAGUCUUUAAAUACUUAUGUAAAGAAUCUGAAACGUGCAAGGAUACAGAACUUAUAGGGUUAUCUGAAAAAAACUGCUGGAGUGUUUCAUUUCCAGGAUUUUUUUGGAUCUCAGCUCCAGUUAAAGUAAACUAAAGCCUUUCACUUUUGAGGUUUAUUUGGACUCCCAGGCUUUGGAGUCGGAAUUCCCUGCUCCCAUUCGGAGUAUAAGCAUUUUAUUUCUGUCCUCACCUUGGCUGGAGGAAAUGGAUCAGUCUCCUUGGACACUAAAACGGACCACGGGAAGCUGAUUCUAGUACAGACACCACUAAGAUGUCGUGGAAGAGGAGCUACUCUGCGUCAGGUGGCGGAAUCGGAGGGAGCAGCAGUGUCGGGGGUGGAGGGAGCGGAGGCGGUGUCGGCGGGAUGCAGGGAAUCUUGACACCGCGCACCAUGACGUCCAUCGCUCCCAGUAAAGGGCUGAGCAACGAACCAGGACAGAACAGCUGCUUCCUGAAUAGUGCCCUACAGGUUCUCUGGCACCUGGAUAUCUUUCGUCGCAGUUUCCGUCAGCUGAGCACUCACAAGUGCAUGGAGGACUCGUGCAUCUUCUGUGCUCUGAAGAAUAUCUUCGCUCAAUUUCAGUACAGCAGUGAGAAAGUCUUGCCGUCUGAUGCUCUUCGCAGUGCCCUCGCCAAAACCUUCCAGGAUGAACAGAGGUUUCAGCUCGGCAUUAUGGAUGAUGCUGCAGAGUGCUUCGAGAACAUCCUGAUGAGGAUUCACUUUCACAUCGCAGAUGAGACCAAAGAAGACAUCUGCACAGCCAGACACUGCAUCCCACACCAGAAGUUUGCCAUGACGCUGUUCGAGCAGUGUGUGUGCAGCAGCUGUGGAGCGUCCUCAGACCCUCUGCCCUUUAUUCAGAUGGUCCACUACAUCUCCACCACCUCGCUGUGUAACCAGGCAGUGAAAAUGUUGGAGUCGAGGGAGAAGGCCACUCCUGGUAUGUUUGGGGAGCUGCUGCGAAACGCCAGCAUGGGAGACCUUCGUAACUGCCCUAGUCAGUGUGGUCAGCAGCUCAGAAUGGCUCGAGUCCUCCUCAACAGUCCAGAGAUCAUCACCAUCGGCCUGGUCUGGGACUCAGACCACUCGGACUUGGCAGAGGAUGUGAUCCACACCCUGGGAACCUGCCUGCGCCUGGGAGAUCUGUUUUACAGGGUGACGGAGGAGAAGGCUCGGCAAUCGGAGCUCUACCUGGUUGGCAUGGUGUGUUACUAUGGAAAACACUACUCCACAUUCUUCUUUCAGACAAAGAUCCGACGAUGGAUGUACUUUGAUGAUGCACAUGUCAAGGAGAUUGGUCCAAAGUGGAAGGACGUGGUUUCGCGCUGCAUUAAGGGUCACUACCAGCCUCUGCUGCUGCUGUACGCCGACCCGCGGGGCACGCCGGUGUCAGUGCAGGACCUGCCUCCACGUCUUGACCUUCACCACCUCAACAAGGCCUGCUACGACAGCGAAGACUCGGGCCGUGAGCCUUCCAUCUCCAGCGACACUCGCACCGAUUCGUCGACGGAGAGCUACUCAUACCGACAGCCCUCCCACUCGCACCAUGAGUCCCUGGCCAGUCACUACUCCUCUGACUCCCAGGGAACUGUCAUCUGCAUCGAACGUCCCGAUGGACCCUUGCACACCUCGCUCUGCAGCCUGGAUACCAUAGGCCACGUGACGGACAGUGAGCAGCACCAUUCUCUGAGGAAGGGAGGCGGGGACGGGGAAAAGAGGCACAACUCUAGCCGCCCUUGGCGAUCUAAACCUGAAAACGAAACCUCAUCGACUGGUUAUCACAGUGAGGGAGAGACCCUGAAGGAGCAGCAGGCUCCUCGUCACCUUCCCAAACCCUCGUCCUCAUCCUUCUCAUCUUCAACCAGCCGCCUGCGGGAUUUUAAGGAAACCAUGAGCAACAUCAUCCACAGCCGACCCCUAUCCUCCUCCUCUUCUUCCUCUUUACCAGGUGCUGUCCUCUCCUCUGAAAUGGCCUCCUCCACCAACAACCACCACCCUGUUAGCAAAGCCGCCCCCUCUUCCUCCUCCAGUAAACCCAACGACUGGGAGGCUGACAGCACCAGCAGCGAGUCCAAGUCCAGCUCAUCAGGAGGACGCUAUCGGCCAGCAUGGCGGCCCAGGAGAGAGGCGCUCAACAUUGACAGCAUCUUCAGCAGGGAGAGGCGCAGGCAGGCGGGCUACAGCCCCCUGGGAGCCCCCCUGCCCGAUGACUGUGGCGCUCCAACCUCUGAAGGAGCAGAGGCCUCCUUCUUAGCCCAGGAGGAGGUGAGACGUGUCAGACCAGGCUCCUCCUGGACUCUCCCCUCCUCCUCCUCCAGCUGCCACAAAGGAGGAGGAGACAGUGGGAAUGCAGCAGCAGGAAGAGUUGCAGAGCUUCCUCCUCCUCCUCCUCCUCCUCCCCCUCCCAGACUGAUCCAGCGGAUGGAGAGUGGAUAUGAGAGCAGUGAGCGAAACAGCAACAGCCCAGUGAGCCUGGACCUGAACCUGGGAGACAGGGAGUGUGCUGCAAAGAAGCCUUCAUCAUCCUCUUCUUCAUCCGGGCCAUCAUGGAGGAACAUCAGGUCGAAGAGCAGCGGAGCCCUGCUGCAGGACAUCAACUCAUCCUGCAGGGGGAGCCUUGCGCCCCCCACAGGCCGCAGUGAGCUGGAUGAGCUGCAGGAGGAGGUGCUGAGGAGAGCGAGGGAGGAGGAGCAGCAGAGACGACAGGAGAAGGAGAAGGAGGCGGCGCUCGGCUUCAACCCACGGCCCAGCAAGUACCUGGACCUGGACCAGCUGCAGAUACAGGGUAAAGGCGACAGCUUUGAGAGAUGUGUGUCGGAGGCGGAGCUCCUGUUGGACCAGUCUGUACGCCUGGAACAGGCAGGAGAGGUCGCCGCUGCGCUGUCUGCUGUCAACGAAGCAGUGUCUAAACUGCGGCCGGUGGCGGCUGAGGGUGGAGCUAGUAGUCACAGCCGCCUGCAGCGCUGCACCAGGAGGGCCCGCAGCCUGCAGCAACGUAUGCAACUGCAACAACGCGACUCAGAUGCGAGCAACCGGCAACAACCACAGCAACCAGAGCAACAACAAGAGCAGGAGGGGCAGACGCUCCAGGAACAGCCCAGUGAAAAGCCUUUCUCGCUCCAAAUACUUCUGACCGACAGAGACAACCAGUCAGCCACCAACCAGGACAGACAGGAGCCAAAUCUCCCCCCCCACUGCAUUACGAACCUAUGUCCAAAAACUACCUUCACAUCUGCCCCCGCCCCCAAGGGCCCCACAGGUUCACCCAGGGAAGAGGGCAGCAGGAUCGAGGCAGGGGUCCCCUGCUCUCACUUUGGGAAACCCCUCCCCAGCUCUGGUUCCCUCCCAGGUCUAUGCGUGGACACCUGGAAGCAGAAUGCCCUGGGAGACGUGGCUCCGCCCCCUCCACCCACUGAGGAGCUGAGCCAUCCUCCAGCCCCGUGGACCAAUACAGCUCCCCCCUCCAUCUCCACACAGGCCAUUCCCCCCUCCAGGCUUUACUCCAGAUCUCCUUCACCCGUCAGUGCCAACAACAGGACAGAGGAAGCACAUUACGCCAGACGGUCCCCGGCCACGCCCCCUUUGUGUAGCACAAGUUCCAGGAUGACCCCCCUUGCUCACCCAACCAGGAACUGGUCUUGCUUGAACCUGAAUCACCCUGAUGAUGUGGAUUCUCAAAUUACCCACCUCGGCACAGCCCCUUUCCCACCCCCUAACAGCAGUCCGCCUCCGCCUGCGGCCUGCUGGCCCAGUCUCAGUCGGGCCUCCUCUUCUUCCCCCCUGCCCCCUGUCCAGGACUAUCGAACAGCCGCACUGCCUGUGGAGCGCUGGGCAGAAAACGUCAACCGAUACUAUGGCUCCCAGAAUGCAUCAGGUGGAGUUAUGGGCAUUGGUGAGGAGCUGUCAGAGCUGGAGUCGCUGUACCAGGCCAGUCUGCAGGCUCCCAGCAUGCACCAGGGCAGCUGUGGCGUUAGUCCCCAGUCAUUCAAUAACAAACCAGGUAUGAGGAGGACACUGUCGGGAUCUGGACGGUCCAAAACACCGACUGCUGAGAUAGAGAGACAUGCCUACCGAACACCGAUGCAUAAGCCCCUGCCAAGUGAGGAUGAGAACUACACGGCGGAAAACCUGCGACGCAUAGCCCGAAGUCUGAGUGGGACUGUCAUCGGGUCACGACCCCAGAAUCUGGGCCCUGCCCACAACUGUGACCCCCCUGUGUCUAGACCUCCCCUCAGACACUCCUCCUCCUCCUCCUCCUUCUUACUCCGUCGGCCCAGCACCUCCUCUCUGCACCUUCCCUCCCACCCCCCCUCCUUCACUCCAGACCACUCCCACCUGCACCACCUCCAUCCUCGACACCACCAGCACGGCCCCUCGACUCCUGCACCUCCUCCACAGCACCCCCCCCUGCAGACAUCACGGCCCCCCAGCUCGGGGCCCUCUUCAUGGGGACACUCAGGCCUUGGGGCAGCGGUCCCUCAGCAGCACCAGUUUCUGGCUGUGUCUGACCGGUAUCCGACUGUCUCAGGUCAAAGCCUUCACAGCGUCGCGCUGAGUUACGGCACUCUUCCCCGGGCCCCUCGUCGGGCCCCGCCUCCCUCCUCCUCCUCGUCCCUCCCCAGGCCCCGAGCCACGUCUGGCCCCGCCCCUCCUCCAGGUCCACAGGCGCUGUACGCCACCAUGUCCCACCCUCGCACCAACAUCAGUAACGGUCACUACAGACAGUCAUCACUACGCUGUAAAGGAAACAGCUCCGCCCACCUCCCGCUGUCUCACCACACCCCCCACCAGCUCAGGGUGCCAGGAGACGGACCCCCCCAGCCACUCCGCCUGGACGUGCCACCAGAGAGCGACUGGCGCCACGACUACCGGACUGUCCAGCCCAGCGGCGGCCGCCUCCACAGGACCGAGGCCCGGCCGCCGGGCCCCCGCAGGGCCCCCCAGCUCUGUUCUCUGUGCCAGCAGCUUCAGGCUGAGCCCCCCCGGUUAUACUGCCCCUCCUGCAGCGCUUACAUGGCUCGAUUUCAGCCCAGCAGCUGAUCGGACCCCCCAGCCCGCCAACCAGUACAACAGAGGACUGAGUAAACACACCUACUGGACGAACGGGCCCCUGCAUUA